CAAACAGUCCCUGGAUACAGCUGGAGUCGAGAGGGAACCCCCACCGUCCCCCACCCCAGAGAUGAAUCAGGUGCUCUUGAUCGCCUGGGUAACUGUGUCUCCAUGGGAGUCACAAUCAUCUCAUCACCUUGCCAGUGCCGAGUCAGGUUGAUCUGAAGUCAGUCAGGACGAUGCCAGAGAGUGUAGAGUGUCAAGUCUCAAAGACAGAGGUGAAUACAGAGCUGAAGUUACAGUGGUACUUUUCCAUGCCUGCGAGGAACUGUUGCACACUAAACAGUACGCAUGACUGAACAGAACACAGAAAAACACCGUGUCGAGGCAGGAAGGACAUCUGUCUUGGGUGACUCACAUACUAACUACCAGCAGUACCUGCACAGCUUGUUUGGGGAAUCUGCUGCUGAGUAUUUUAUCAGCCCCUCCUCACCACCCAAGACCCCUCCCAUCUGGUACACGGAAAUGAAGAACAACAUGAGAGAUCACGUGAGUGCAGAGGCAUUCUGGGAUGCACUCAGAGAGCGCUCUACUCGGAUACUCAGGGAAAUGGAGACAAGGCCCUCUGAGCAGGCUGACAGAAUUACAGCUGACUGGAGGAAGCUGAUGAGACAGGAUCACCUGCAGCACUUAUCAGUUGUGAGGUUUAUGUUCCACUCUGCCCUGCGAAAUCAGGCCUUCUCUGCUCUCCUCCUAAAUCAGAGGCCUCCAUCUUUUCUCUUUGACCUGGAUAUGACUGAGGGAUCCAGUCGAUACACAGCAGUGAGGAACAAACAACUAACAGAAUAACAGCAGCAGUGUUGGCAUACCGCUGCAAUCUAUUCAACUAACAUGUUAAUGACAUGCUGGAAGCUAAGUCCAGGGAAAAUUGUAAAUUGAGAAUAGCAAAGAAAGUAACAUACUAAAACGGCAUGAAUCUUGAUACAGUGUUCCAUUUUCAUCUUUUAACGUAGUAAUUUUUAGAAAAUGCACCAUCCAGGAUCAUUUUUGAGUUCUGUACCUUGCCUUGGAACCUGUUUGUCACUGAGUGGCCAAAAACGUUACAUCCAUAAACCCAAGUGGUGAACCCGUUAAAAAUGAA